AUAGAAAAUCGAGAAAGAAAAAGUAGAGAGAGAAUAGUAAAGAGCAGAAUCGUCAAGGAGGCAGUGAAUAGUAAUGCCCAUUGAUGAAACCAGAGCCCAGUAGAGCGCCAAUCAAGCAAAAUUUCCGCACAAAGUUUCCCUUUCUCGUUUCGAAAAUAGCGAACCAAUCCACCGAUCUACCACCGGUAUCUGGCCAUUGAUAGGAGAUCUAACGGUUAUGGAAAAAGGAAUUUCUACAUUGGGGCUUCUUAUUUGAUCCCGAAACCCUGCCUCAUUUCGUUUUGCCUAGGUUUCUAUGCAUGGAAGGGGCAGGAGAGAGAAAGAGAAAAGGUGGUCCACUAAAGCUUGACUGGGAGAGACUGCUGCCCCUCCACGACAACGAGCCGCCACCAAUGGUGGUGAUUGCGGCCGCGGCGGCGGCGGCGGCGGUGAAAUCAAACUCUCAGGCGGUGGAGGAGGUGAUGGUGUUGGGGGAUGAGGAGGAAUUGCACAGGGACCCAAGUCUCCAGAAUAUUUCUGAUAAAGAACUGCGUGAUAGGGCUGAUAGGUACAGAAAUAUAUUGAAGAGUAAGGCUCCUAAUUUGAAAGAUGGCGGUGAGAAAGUGCGAGUUCGUUUGAAGAUGAUUGAAGUAGAGUUGCAGUGGAGAUAUCUGCUGAAGGCUGAGGACAAAUGGAAGAAGGUGACACCAUUAGCUGAUAAUCCUAUAUGUAUUGGUGUUACUGAUGACUCUGCAUCUCACGGUGAUCCUCCAUCUGUAUCUGUAUCAAAAUCCAAGUUUGCCUCAAAUUUUUGUAGCAAGUUGGACGAAAAAGGGCCGAUCAAGUCUUUCUCAGAAGAACUGUCUACUCUGAAUCGUUGCAGUCACGAGAGAGGAAGUGGGUCAUUUCUGGUUCAGAAGACUGGUGUAUCCUCGAGGCAAGCAGCUUUUAAAUCUCCAAGUUAUCUUUCAGUACAGAUGAAUGGCAGGUCUCAAUCAACCCGUGAUAAAUCAGGAGGCCGCUCUUCUUGUUCCCCUCCUUUUCGAUCAAAUAAAGAUUACUCUAACUAUCAUGAGAAGAGGGAAAAUGGUAAACGUUUUCAACCUAUGCGGACUUCCAAAAGGAACAAUGUAAGUUUACCAUAUCUUGAGUUGGCUCUCUUUCCUGCUUUUCCUCAAUCCUUGGUUCUUGUGCAGAAAACUGUUGUUCUGGUUGAUGAGGAAGAACUUGAGGUUGAUACAGUAAAUCAAGUGGACCCAGUGGGUCAAAGCAGUCUCAAGGGGACAAUAUACUAUCCGUCGAGGGAUGACCCUGAAGCUGUUCAAAUUUGUUACUCAGACAUGGAAUGUCUGGCUCCUCAAUCUUACUUGUCAUCAACCAUCAUGAACUUUUACAUUCGGUAUCUGCAGAAGCCAGUAUCUCCCAGCACCAGAAAGAAAUGUGAUUAUCAUUUUUUCAAUACAUACUUCUACAACAAGUUGAAACAGGAUGUCUUGGCUGAGGCGAAUAAGGAAACAUCGUUUAAGAAGUUCCGGAGGUGGUGGAAAGGUGUCAAUAUAUUUGAGAAAGCAUAUAUCUUCCUACCAAUUCAUGAAAAUCUUCACUGGAGCUUGAUUACUAUUUGUAUACCAAAUAAAGAUGAUGAAUCGGGUCCAAUCAUACUUCAUUUGGAUUCUUUAGGGCUGCACUUCAGCAAGUCAAUUAUGCAGGAUGUAAAGAGCUUUCUAAUAGAAGAGUGGAAGUUCCUAAGACAAGAAAAUGUACUGCCUGAAUUCCCUAUACCAGACAAUAUCUGGGACAAAUUAUCUAGGAGAAUUUAUGACAAAGUAAUUGAGGUUCCUCAGCAAAGAAAUGAUUAUGAUUGUGGUCUCUUUGUUCUUUUCUUUAUGGAACGUUUUCUUGAAGAUGCCCCUGAAAGGCUGAAGAAGAAGGACUUGGACAUGUUUGGUAAACAAUGGUUCAAGCCAGAGGAGGCUUCCAGUUUGAGAAGAAAGAUUAGGAAUAUACUGAAAGAAGAGUUCACGAGUGCAAAUGGAGGAGACACGUGUAAAUUGGAUUGAUUACCCUCUCCUGCUGUAGAUAAGACUACUAAUUGAACAAUUGCAAGAGAAUCAUUCAAUGGAACUGCUAACGGCAAAACCUGUAGAGUUGGCCCUCUCUAUUGCCGAUUUCAGUGAAAUAUAACAUUCGUCGAGAUAUUUUUGAUUCGCAGCCUUGGUGUGGUGCUUGAGUUGUGAAGUAUUUGCAACAUCCUUUUGUUUAGGAUGGUCAGGCAAUGAAAUUUGGGUCUGUGAACCACAUUUUAGAAUCAAGUCUUUAGUUUUAAAACUAUCCGAGUGAAAUUGAUUUAUGAUGUGUAUUCAACGUUAGAGACACUGUAAAGGUAGACAUUCUAGUCAAGUAAAGAUAGUCAUUCUAGUCAAUUUUGACUAUAUAAACUCGAAAUAUUCCAGUGGUAUUCAAUGGUCAGAGGCAAUAAAAUUCCUUGUUAGUAUUGAUAUAUGAUAUCAGUUACUGGAGGAUCUUUUCUGUAAAUGUAAUUAGACGCACAGAAACUUUUAGGUUGGGAACCUUUAUAUUUCUGGAUUUAUGAUCCUGUUUUGUCCUGCCAUAUUAUUU